AGGGCGCGCGGGGCCUGAGGGCAGCGGCAGCGGCAGCGGCGGGCCGGGCGGCACCAUGGGCUCACGGAGGGUCCCCAGCCGCAGCUGGGGCGCGGGCGGACGGGCCUGGGCCGGGGGCGACGGCGAGGACGACGGGCCCGUGUGGACCCCCAGCCCUGCCAGCCGCAGCUACCUGCUCAGCGUGCGGCCCGAGACCAGCUUAUCAAGCAGCCGGUUGUCUCACCCCAGCUCUGGAAGGAGCACCUUCUGCUCCAUCAUUGCUCAGCUAACAGAGGAGACCCAGCCGCUGUUCGAGACCACACUCAAGUCCCGGGCUGUGUCCGAGGAUAGCGACGUCAAGUUCACCUGCGUUGUCACAGGAUACCCAGAGCCAGAGGUGACCUGGUACAAGGAUGACAUGGAGCUGGACCGCUACUGUGGCUUGCCAAAAUACGAGAUCACUCAUCAGGGCAACCGCCACACGCUGCAGCUCUACAAGUGUCGAGAAGAAGAUGCCGCCAUCUACCAGGCCUCCGCCCGGAACACCAAAGGCAUUGUGUCCUGCUCGGGGGUCCUGGAGGUGGGCACCAUGACCGAGUACAAGAUCCACCAGCGCUGGUUUGCCAAGCUGAAGCAGAAGGCCGCCGCAAAGAUGCGUGAGAUUGAGCAGAGCUGGAAACCGGGGAAGGAGGUGGCGGGAGAGGCUGACACCCUGCGCAAGCUCAGCCCUGACCGCUUCCAGCGAAAGCGGCGGCUGAGCGGGGCUGAGGUGCCAGUACCCUCGGCCCCCACCAGGGAAGCUGAGGACAGCACCCCGGUGGCUUGGCAGGAGAGGGGGACUGAGCCUGGUCAGCACGCAGGUUCGGGCCUGAUGAACAGUUUUGCCCCUGGAGAGGUGACCACCAACGGGGAUGCUGCCCCCGAGAAUGGGGAGGACGCAGAGCGUGGUCUGCUGACAUACAUCUGUGAGGCCAUGGAGCUGGGGUCUCAGAGAACCCCCAAAAAGGAGUCUGGGGCCAAGAAGAAAAAGAAAGAUGAGGAACUUAAGCCAGGGCUGCGGAAGCCAGAGUCAGAGAAGACAGCUCGAGGCCACCGUUCUGAAAACUGUGUUCCCAGUUCGGACAAGCCUGACUCCUGUGGGACACUGGAGCCCAUGGACAUGGAGGUUCAGACCCGGCCCAGAGGCAGAGCUGCCCAGGGGCCUGGGUCUUCCGGAGUAGACAGCACCAGGAAGCCAGCCUCUGCUGUGGGCUCUCCAGACCAGGCCCAGAAUGCCCCAGCCCCAGGCUCUGUCCCAGGCCCAGACCAGGAAGUGUAUUUCUCCCUGAAGGACAUGUAUCUGGAGAGCACCCGGGCAGCCAGGCCUCAGGGGGAGGAAGUGUCCCAUACCUCAAGUGGCAGGGCACCUGGAGAGAUGCCCUCAGGGAAGGUGCCCAGAGAGGUCAGAGGUGAGAGGGGGCCUGCUACCCCUGGCCAGCCCAUGCCGUCUGCCCCCCAGUCCACUAGGCCUUUCAACAGGAAGCGAUUUGCCCCCCCGAAGCCCAAAGAGGAGCCCACUACCACCAGCACGCCCGAUUCUUCCCUGAGUCAAGCUCCAGAAUCCGGAGCCCAGAGCUUGGGGAAGGCCCCACCUCAGGUCUCUGCCCAAGUGCCCACACCUCCUGCUCGGCGGAGGCACAGCACCCUGCAGGGACAAGCAGGCCGCAGGACUCCAGGAGAGGUCCCGGAGUCCCAGGCGACCAUGGCUCCUACCAUACUGGCCAGCAGCAGCACUGAUGCAGCCUCUGCUGCUGGCAGCACCCCCAAAAGUCAGGGUGUCAUUGAGCCCAUGGAUACAGAAAUCCAGGAGAGUAGGAGAACAUGUGCUGAUGGGCAACCUGGAGGCAAGAAGAAUACAGAGGCAGAUGGGAAGAUGCAGGUGAACGUGACACAAGAAAGUGAGAGGCCAGUUUCAGACAGGAGUUCCCAGGAGGAUGUAGCAGCACAGGGAAGGGUGGGGACACAGGUGAAGAGGACACAGGCAGGUGAGAGGACACAGGAAGACAAGGGGAGCGUACGCACAGCCAUUAAAGGUCAGUCAGAGAAGGAGUCGGUGACCAGCCUCAGCCCAAAGCCCGGAGCCCCUGAAUGCCCACCUUCAGAGGGUCUCAAGUCUCCUCGGAUUAGUGAAUGUUUUGAAAAGGCCCCGGAAAGGCCCUCUGUCCCAGAAAAAUCUGGUUUCAUGCUCAGAUCUGAGGAAGCAGCAGUAACAGCCUCUGAGAACCUAGAACAAACUGUGCUGGGUCCCCUGGGAGGGGGCCCCACGCUCCCAGCACAGCUGCCUCCUGAGGGUAGCUUGGAGCAGACGGGAGGAGAGAAAAACCAGGGGCCAGAGUGGUCAGGCCUGGUCAAGGACAAGCUGGAGGAUGACCUGUUCCAGGGCCCCAAGGAGGAACAGAGGAGGGAAGUGCUGCCUGUGGAUCUAGGCUCCUGUGCUCCGGCUGGCCUGAGCCCGGAGGGGCCCACUGUGCCCUCUCUUCCUGGGACUGGCCUGACUGAUAGCUCACAGCACAUGAAUGCAGCCGCCUUCCUGUCCUCUGGCGACCAGGCCUUGUUUAAUUCUGCAACCCCACUGCACUUGGGGCUGGGAACCCCCACCCAGGGUCAUCCACCAGAAACCAUGGCAGCUAGGAAUGAGGGGGCCUGCACCAAGAUGCCAGAUGUGGAAGGGAGGCCCCCACGCCCCCAGAGCUGUGACCCUGGCCUCAUAGAUUCGCUGAAGAACUACUUGCUUCUGCUCCUGAAGCUAUCCAGCACUGAGAUGAGUGGAGCGGGCAUGGAGGCCCAGCGGGGAGCUGCCCCCGGAGGCCCAGCGCCCUCGGGAAUGCUGGCCUCCACCGUGGAAGUGGCUGGUUUGAGUCCGCGGACGUCUCGGCGCAUCCUGGAGCGCGUGGAGAACAACCAUCUGGUGCAGAGCGCACAGAACCUGCUGCUCAGCCCCUGUACCUCCCGCCGCCUCACCGGCCUCCUGGACCGCGAGGUGCAGGCCAGCCGUCAGGCUCUGGCUGCUACCCGGUGCCCUGGCCCCAGCCCCCUCACUGUCCCAGCCAUCGUGGUAGGCGAGGAGGAGGGCCCUGGGCUGGUCUCAGAAGGGCCUGGUGAGGGUGAGGGAGAGGGCCCCCUUGAGGAGCCAGGCCUCCUGGGCACCUCCCAGGAGAGCAUUGUGGAGGGUCAGCUGAGGGAGGCGGGUGGGCAGACAGCCUCUGGUCAGGGCCCUCUGUCAGCAGAGAGCAGAGCCCAGGAACCCUUCCAGGAGGAGGAAAUCCUAGGGGAGGCGCCCACAUGUCUCCCUGCAGCUACCCCUGAGGAGCUGGCUCUGGGGGCCCGGAGGAAGAGGUUUCUCCCUAAGGUCAGAGCAGCAGGAGAUGGGGAGGUAGCCAAUCCUGAAGAAAGGGAGAGUCCCACGCUUUCCCCCAGAGGGCCCAGGAAGGGCCUUUCGCCUGGGUCCCCCGGGACUCCAGGGCAGGAGAAACGCUCCCCUACCCAGGGCCGAAAGGCAGGCCUGCUGGAGGUGCCACAGGCAGCGGAGAAGCCAGCAGCAGAAGACCUGGGUUCCAGUCCCAAGGCCAGUGGGCAGAAUCCAGAACUGGGCUUGGAUGAAGGCAAGCAGGAAACUCCAGCCAAACCGAAGAAAGCCCAAGACCUGCUAAAAGCCCCACAGGUGAUCCGCAAGAUUCGGGCGGAGCAGUUUCCUGAUGCCUCAGGCAGCCUGAAGCUCUGGUGCCAGUUUUUCAACAUUCUCAGUGACUCAGUCCUGACAUGGGCCAAGGAUCAGCGCCCAGUGGGCGAGGUGGGCAGGAGUGCAGGGGACGAGGGGCCGGCGGCCUUGGCCAUCGUGCAGGCGUCCCCCGUGGACUGCGGCGUGUACCGAUGCACCAUCCACAAUGAGCAUGGCUCAGCCUCCACUGACUUCUGCCUCAGCCCCGAAGUGCUGUCAGGAUUCAUCUCCAGAGAAGAGGGUGAAGUUGGAGAGGAGAUUGAAAUGACCCCCAUGGUGUUUGCUAAGGGCCUGGCUGAUUCUGGCUGCUGGGGGGACAAGCUUUUUGGGCGCCUGGUGAGCGAGGAACUACGAGGGGGUGGAUGUGGGUAUGGCCUUCGGAAGGCCUCCCAGGCCAAGGUCAUCUAUGGGCUGGAGCCCAUCUUCGAGUCGGGCCGCACGUGUGUCAUCAAGGUGUUCAGCCUGCUGGUGUUUGGGCCCAGCAGUGAGACUUCUCUCGUGGGCAGAAACUACGACGUCACCAUUCAGGGGUGCAAGAUCCAGAACAUGAGUCGGGAGUACUGCAAAAUUUUUGCGGCAGAAGCCCGAGCUGUGUCUGGCUUUGGGGAGGUGCCUGAGAUCAUCCCACUGUAUCUAAUCUACCGGCCUGCAAACAAUAUCCCCUACGCUACCCUGGAGGAAGACCUGGGCAAGCCCCUGGAGCCUUAUUGUUCCCGGGAGUGGGGUCGUGCUGCGGUGCCAGCAGCAUCCAGCAGCUCGGAGGCCGUACAGAAAUGCCAGACCUUCCAGCACUGGCUGUACCUGUGGACGAAUGGCAGCUUCCUGGUCACAGAUGUGGCAGGGGUUGAGUGGAAGAUGACUGAUGUGCAGAUCGCCACCAAGCUGCGAGGAUACCAAGGCCUCAAGGAGAGCUGUUUCCCUGCCCUGCUGGACCAGUUUGCCUCUUCCCACCAGUGCAACACCUUCUGUGAGAUGCUGGGGCUGAAGCCCCUCAAGGGCCCCGAGGCUGCCCACCCCCAAGCCAAAGCCAAAGGCUCCAAGAGUCCAUCUGCCGGCAGGAAGGGCCCCCAGCUGAGUCCUCAGCCCCAGAAGAAAGGCCUCCCCAGUCCCCAGGGCACCCGGAAGAGUGCCCCAAGCUCCAAGGCCACUCCUCAGGCUUCAGGGGCAGUCGCCACCCAGUUAUUGGGACAGCCUCCCAUCCAAGAGGGGGGCUCCAAGGCCCAGGGCACGCGGUAGCCCCCACAGGAGGAACAAGGAAGCAGCUUGAACCGAUGGAGACUUUCCCAAAACAGACGACUAACAGGAGAAGGUGCACUGAGGAGGCACCACUUGGGGGCCUCUCUAAGCAGCCUCUCCUCAGUCAGCAACUCAGUCAGAUGGCUUUGGUGCGUGGCACACAGCCCAGUGGCCUCGCCUGGUGCCAUGUCACCCAGGGCUCCCAGGAUCCACCUCCCAAGUGCCCUGGGAGCUGAGACCCUCCUUGAAGUUUACACUGGCCACUGGUGGAGGCUCCCUGAGUCCUCUGCAUGAGCUCUGCACCCCGACCCCUUGUCCCAGUCAGACCCUGUCAUGAAUGGUGUCCCCUGGGGCAUGCAGGCCAGCACACACCCUCUGCCCUGUGCUUGGCCCUGGCCUCCCCCUGUCCUCAGGGCUCCAGACUUCCUCUGCUGUGUCUGACCUGGUGACUCUCAGGGUGUCUUCUCCUUCUGGCGACUUAGCCUCAUUCAUCCCAGCUUACCCUGCAACUAACUUGUUCCUGAGCCCACAUGGGGCUCAGGGUCCUUCCAGACCUGUCAUGUCCUUGUGUGGUGGCCUUCGGUGACGCGUGUUCUUGCUCUUCUUUCUCCCAUCACUCAGGCACUCACCUGCUUCUCAUGCUUCCUGGUACCCCACCCCCCAUCCCUGGCUUUGAGCCUAGUUGUAGCCUGCUGCCUACCCUUCACUGACUCUGCUUGUCCCCUUGCCUGAUGGCUUCCCUAGCCUGACCAGCACCCUACCCUCCAGGACCCCGGUGAAGUGUAGACACUCUGGCCUCUAGUGCACCCCAGUCUCCUCCUCCCCUUCUACUCCCAUACCCCCUGUCCAUGAGGUGAGAACUGACAUGAGGGUUGUGUCAGCAGCUGUGCCAGCGGGAAGGUAUGGACUUGACGGGACCUUGUGUUCCAUACUGAAAGGAGGUGGGGUCAUGUGAAUUUUGCACCCCCUCUUGACCAGGGAUGGAGGGCUGGGAUGAUUCUCAUAGGGGAGUAGAAUGGGGGUUUUAGGAAGGAUUGGGGUGGAGGGGUGUGUCUGUGCCUGGAACUUAGGACCGCUGCCCCCAUCCAUUAGCUCUGAUCCUGGGGCUCCAGCUCUGGGGCCUCAUACAUUGGAUCCCAAGGAAUUGCUAUGCCUGGCACCCUGGGUUCUUCCUGAGAGCCCUUCCUGGAGGUCCUGGAUGGGGUGGGUCUGGAGCUAGCCUGUUCCCCUUGGAAUGCAAUAAAGGCAGCAACCAUGUUUCCUGCUCA